UAACUGGAGUGGUUUUUGUUCUUCUUUCCUUUUAGUAUUGGAUGAAUGAGUAUACUUCUUCCCUUGGAAUUGGAGUGUUCCAUUCGGGUAUAGAGGUGUAUGGCCGAGAAUUUGCCUAUGGUGGUCAUCCAUACCCUUUUUCUGGAAUAUUUGAAAUUUCUCCAGGAAAUGCUUCCGAGCUAGGAGAGACAUUUAAAUUUAAAGAGGCUGUGGUUCUAGGCAGCACUGACUUCAUGGAAGAUGAUAUAGAAAAAAUAGUAGAAGAGCUUGGAAAAGAAUUCAAAGGAAAUGCUUAUCACCUAAUGCACAAAAACUGCAAUCACUUUUCUUCAGCUUUAUCUGAGAUUCUGUGUGGAAAAGAGAUUCCACGAUGGGUGAAUCGCCUCGCCUACUUCAGCUCUUGUAUACCAUUUCUCCAGAGCUGUCUGCCGAAGGAAUGGCUGACUCCCGCAGCCCUCCAGUCCAGUGUCAGCCAGGAGCUACAGGAUGAGCUGGAGGAAGCUGAGGAUGCAGCAGCAUCUGCUUCCUUGGCAAGCUCAGCAUCUGGGUCUAGAACUGGACGCCACACCAAAUUAUAAGUCCUCCUCCAAAGUACUAAAUGGUUUGAAAUACUUCAGUUUAAUCUCUCCAGCAAUUGACUUUCUGACAGAACGUGAGAGCUGACUCCAGAACAUUGUUUUUAUAUGCAAAAAUGGCUCUCAUCAGCCCAUGUUUCAGCUCAGGAUUAUUUAAGUAGCGAAAAGAAUUGCUUGGAGAAAAGGGAAGGAUUUUGUGUGAAGCCACCCUUUUCAUUUUCACCUGUUUGCUAGACCUGAGUUAACAUCUUGUAUAAAGUAGGACUUAAAUUAUUUGUUUACAGUAUUGUGUACUGCUGUUUACAAGUCCUAUAAGGACUCCUGCCACCAUGGAAGAAGAGAGAACGUUGAGUUUUACUGGUGUAACUCGAAGGCAGUGGUAUGAUGCCCUCGCUAUGAACUCUCCCCUUUGUUUUCAAGAUUUAAGGCAGGUGAAACUUAGAUUUCUGAGAAAUGCUAGAAACUGCUGAAUACUAUCCAUGUGAACAGGGUACCGUACACUCAAAGUGGCUGAUGUAAACAGGUAGAUUCCAGGAUGUAGGGAGACUGAUUUUUGUGUAAGAUCUGUUAUUGAAGUAUGACCUCUACAUUCAUGAAGCUGAGGAUUUUUGCACAUAUGAAGCGAAAUUUCUAUCUCAUUACACUGCCCAUUGAUCCCUCACGUUUUGGUUUUUCUUUUAAAUUCAGCCAUGCAGUUUGCAUAGUAUCUUCUGUCCACAUUUACAGUCUACUUCAACCAGAAUUUAGAUCUAUGAAUUACCACCUCUUAAAAACAUCAACAGUUCUUUCACUGUUUGCGUUACUUGAUUUAAAAGUUGUAUAUACAAAAUUAGUACUUGUAUUUUAUUUUUUUUAAUUUUAUUAUUAUUUCAUGUAGUCUGAAUAGCAUAAUACAAGCCAUUUAUGGUUGGGGAAUGGCCUUGCUUCCUGCUACUGAUUUUUGCUUCAUUUAAGUUUGUAAACAUCAAUGGGUUUUGUUUUUGUUUUUUUUUUUUAAACCGAUAUAUUACCAUCUGGUUGUGCAUAUCUGCACAAAUUAUAGAGAAAUCUUAAUUUAUUUUCCCACAGUUUCUAUCUGUGGCAUUAACUUUCCUGUCAGAUGUAAUGAAGAAAACCUGAAAAUUGCUUAUGCACCUGCGUGUUUACACAGCAGAACCUGCUAAUCUGCACACGUAAUUAUGUCUGAAGGUAAGAGAUGCUAUUUUCUAAAACACAGAAGUAUGUUUGCUGGUAGAUUAUAAUUAGAGCUAAAUUAUAAUUAGUGAUCAGAAUAUAUAAUGGAAUGCCUUAUUCUUGUUCACUUACCAAGAGAAUUAAUGGUUCUUCCAGUCAUUAGUGUGAAUUAGUGAGGUUCUGUUGUACGCAUAAGGAUACAGUAGCACAAAUAUGAGGGAGAUGAGCUUGUGUAUGUUGUAAGACUCGCUGCCUUAAACUGUAACAAAACAACAUCUAUAAACGAUGAGCUCUCCAAGAAGUGUGCGUUACUAGAAACAUAAACGAUUUUUACAAGCUUUAUUUUUGAUCUGUUGCUCAGUUUAAUUUUUUCAUCAAGUGAAAUACUGACUCUACUGUUUCUGUUGUUCAAAAGGGGGAAAAAAAAAUCCUCCUAGAAGGCAAGAAUGCUUAAUGCUGUGUAUUCUCCAGGCCGUGGGUAGUCAGUGCCAUGAACCCUUCAGGAAGGUACAGUAGGUUAUGUUCUAGUAAGGAUUUGCAUGAUAGCCAACUCAAUUAAUGGUUGAACAGAGCGAAAAGUCUUUCUUCUGGCAGUUGGGCUGAAUCCUUUGGAAGACAGUCUUGAAGCUUUCACUCAUCUUCUGCGAUGCAUUGUAGUGACAGAAAGAUAAGCUAGUAUUCAAUACUGAGGAAAAAUCAAGAGGUUUUUUUUUUUUUCCAGAAGAGUGGGAUAGUUGUAGAAGUCUUGUAUCUGUGCUUUGGUACGUGUAUUAAUGAUCUCUUCUACCAAGUGGGAAAUGCUUAAGACUGACAAGUCUACCACGAUAUUUCUUUGGUCUCCAGAAGUUGGACAUACUGACUCAUUUUGUUUUUCGCUUGAAUCUCUGAAUUGGAGAUGGGUUUUUUGGUUUAUUUUUUCCGGUGUGAAAAUGAACAUGGUGGUCUCCAGUCAGCUCUCAAGCAUUACAGAAUGAAAUACUGCACUACUCACAGCUAAGGUGACAGACUGUAGGAAGGUCGUUCUGUCUCUCCUGUGCAGCUGUAGUAGUAACGUGACUCUCUUGGCCAAGGCAGGUCCUUUAUUUCAGCUCAGGGUUGAGGCCACUGAUCUAGCAACGUACUGUAGCUCUUCCUAGGUUUUAGGAAAAAUAAGUAGAAUAAAUUUUCAUUGCUACCUAACUCUUCUGUACCAAAACCAGCUUUUUAGGCUUCUAAGAUAUCCAGAGCUCUAGUUCUCAAAUAUCUACACCUUCAUUAACACAACUACAGUAUGUACAAUGCAAGAAAGUGACAGAUCACAGCACAGUUUUUGUUUAGAAGUAAAACUAAGAAUAUUUUUUAUAAAGCAGACUGGAAAGUUUGUAACAAUUCAUUUUAUCAGUAGCUGUACAGAUGAAAAUACUGUCUUAAACUCCACUUUUUGUUUAAAUACAUCCAUUUGUAAGUCUUGUGAGGAAACUGACACCUGAACCCUGAAGGCUGUUGGGUAUUGCAUCAAAGCAAGUGGUACUGUAACUUCAAUCACGUGCUGUGAACUUGGCCUCCGCUGGAUGCCCGCGAGAAGUCACCCUGCCAGCGGUUCCGAUUUGUUAGCAAUAGAGCAAGUUACCUUUCACCAGCAUUACUGCCAAGCAGGGAUUACUUUAGUCUACUAAUGACCACACUGUGCUAGGACUAGAACACUCCAAAAUGCUGUGAGAAAGCUGGACGCCUGUGGAGUCUUUUCCAUCAAAACGGGUAGAAAAAUAAUUUGCUACUUCAGGGUUCUGCUCUGUUUACUUUCUCAUUCUCGUUUAGUUUUCUGUAAGGUAAUACUUUUGAUACGUAAUGUAUUCCUUAACUCUGUCAUUUUAUUUAAAUGCCAUUUUCUGUUCAGCAAGCCAAAAAAAUCCAAUGUACUGUUAGCGUGCACCAGAAACUUCAGAGUGGCUUGGUAAAAAUAUACUUGCAUUACUUCUAAAAUUUGCAAUGCAAUUCUGAUCACUAUUGAUACAUGGUAAUUUUCACUGUUGGAAGUUGGUUACAAGCUGAAUAAUCACUGAUGCAUUUUGUUUUGUAAACUUGUAUUCAAGUUUACUGUACUACAUAGUAUUUGUAUAAAAUUCAAAGAAUUUUGACUUUUGUUACCUUGUACAUGGCAACAAGUUGUCUAGCAUCUUAAAUCCAUCUGUUUAUUAAAAGUACUUUUAUAAAAAAGA